AUGUCCGCCACCGAAGUCCGAGUUGCGCAGAAUGGUUCGGAAUCAGGAUCGACCAAGAUGAAGGCGGUCAACUACCAGGGCCCGUUCAAGGUCAAGAUCGAGGAGGUGCCGAAGCCGGCUAUCGAGCAUCCUGAUGAUGUGGUGGUCAAGGUCACAACGGCUGGUGAGUUUGAGUCUGAACCCCAGUUCGAGUCCCAUGCGAGCAGCUAUGAAGGACGAACUGGAGCCGAACCUGGAAUCACCUUUGGCCACGAAAACAUGGGCAUCGUCGAAGAAACCGGCGCUGGAGUCACCCUGCUCAAAAAGGGCGAUCGAGUAGUCAUGCCGUUCAACGUUGCGGAUGGCCGCUGCCGCAACUGUGAAGAAGGCAAGACUGCGUUCUGCACAGGCGUUAACCCGGGCUUUGCGGGCGGUGCGUAUGGAUAUGUUGCCAUGGGGCCUUAUCGAGGCGGACAGGCGCAAUAUAUUCGCGUCCCCUACGCCGACUUCAACGCCCUCAAGCUCCCACCCGGAACAGAACACGAGAGCGACUUUAUUCUGCUGGCGGACAUUCUACCAACUGGCUGGCACGGAGUCACUCUCAGCGGCUUCAAGCCAGGUGAAAGCAUCGCCGUCUGGGGUGCUGGCCCUGUCGGCUUGAUGGCAGCGUACUCGGCCGUCCUGAGAGGUGCGAGCCGCGUGUUUGUGGUGGACAGAGUUCCCGAGCGACUAGCGGCGGCCGAGAAGAUUGGAUGUACGCCCAUCGACUUCUCCAAGGGAGAUGCGGUUGAUCUGAUCCUGAAAGCCAAUGGUGGCGAUAUGGUUGACCGCGCGGUGGACGCCGUGGGGUAUCAAGCCGUUGACACGGGCGGGAAGAAGGAACAGCCUAAUAUAGUGCUGGAGGCCAUGAUAAGAGCAACGAGGCCUUGUGGAGGACUUGGCAUACCUGGUCUUUAUGUUCCCACUGACCCCGGGGCGCCCGACGAGGCCAGUGGGAAGGGGAUGAUCAGUUUGAGUUUUGGGAAGUUGUUUGAAAAGGGUCUCUCCCUCGCCACGGGUCAAUGCAAUGUCAAGCAGUAUAACAGAUACUUGAGGGACUUGAUCAUCGCUGGCAAAGCCAAGCCGUCGUUUGUGGUCAGUCAUGAAAUCGGCAUCGACGAUGCAGAGACUGCGUAUGAGAAGUUCGACAAGAGGAUUGAUGGAUAUACUAAGGUCUUGAUUCAUCCUAAUGGGCCGUUGUAG